AUGAAUAAAUUAUUUGUUUGUUUCGUAAAUACGAAGCUACCUUGUGAUUGUCAUCCGAUUGGAUCAUCUGGCAGAACAUGUAAUCAUACGUCAGGGCAAUGUCCUUGCAAAGACGGCGUCACGGGAUUGACUUGCAAUCGAUGUGCUCGAGGUUAUCAACAGAGUCGAUCACAUAUCGCACCAUGCAUCAAAAUUCCAAGAGUCAUCAAUGUUAUGAUGACACAAAAUGAAGCUCCCGAUCCACCGAACGACGAUCCAACAUAUGAACGUUACCAAUCUUCAGAACAGCGAGGUAAGUUUUUAGAGUAUUGCUGA